AUGGCGAUGUAUGCGUUUUUCUACUGUGCUUUUUUUCUUGGGGUAUCAAGUGAAUUUGUUUGGAAACACCAUAACAAUGAAGAGUUGUCUGCGAUACUAGAAGAAGUUCACGAAAACUGCCCCAAUAUUACUAGAGUUUACGCUUUAACAGAACCAUCAGUGAGAAAUGUACCAUUGUAUGUUAUUGAAUUUUCUGACACUCCCGGAUUUCACCAACCAUAUAAACCAGAAGUUAAAUACGUCGGAAACAUACAUGGUAAUGAGGUUUUGGGACGCGAAUUACUUUUGGGCCUGGCAUAUUACUUAUGUGAAGAAUAUAAUAAACACGAUCGUCGUAUAAGAAAUUUGAUUCACAACACUCGCAUACACUUACUGCCUUCCAUGAAUCCCGAUGGCUGGCAGUUAUCAACUGACACAGGUGGUCAGGAUUUUCUAUUGGGGCGUAACAACAAUCAUUCAGUGGAUUUGAACAGGAAUUUCCCAGAUCUAGAUGCGAUAACAUUUGAAUUUGAAAGACAAGGAAUCAGCCACAACAAUCAUUUACUCAAAGACCUCACACGUCUUGCAGCACCAUUGGAGCCAGAAACUCGAGCUGUAAUGAGAUGGAUAAUGUCCGUUCCAUUUGUACUGAGUGCAGCCAUGCAUGGUGGGGAUCUGGUAGCAAACUAUCCAUAUGAUGAGAGCAGGAGUGGAGCUCCUGUGUCUGAAUAUUCAGCCAGCCCCGAUGACGAUACUUUUAGGGAAUUAGCCAUGACAUAUGCUGAAGCCCAUGCAGAUAUGGCAUCUGCUAAUAGACCAGGCUGUCGUUUUGGGGAUGAAAGUAAUGCAUAUAACUUUGGAAAGCAAGGAGGUGUUACUAAUGGCGCAGCCUGGUAUAGUCUGAGAGGAGGCAUGCAAGAUUUUAAUUAUCUAGCGACGAAUGCUUUCGAAGUGACUCUAGAGCUUGGUUGUCAGAAGUAUCCUUAUGAGAAAGAUUUAGAAAAGGAAUGGUUACGUAAUAAGGACGCGUUGUUAGCUUAUAUAUGGAAAGCCCAUACUGGUAUUAAGGGGAUUGUUAAAGAUGAUUCCGGCUUCAUACAAAACGCUGUGAUAUCCGUCGUCAAUAUAACCGAUUCUGUUCCACGGCCUAUAAGACACGACAUUACUAGCGGUAUAUACGGUGACUACUACCGUCUACUAACUCCGGGUCAUUACGAAGUGACUGCCAGCCAUCCCGGGUACUUCCCUGUAUCACGAGUCGUCACCGUGCCCACACACCAGACUUCGGCGAGGAUACUCAACUUCAAACUAGAGCCUACAACGAGCUGGUUCGACGAUUAUACCUUCGGCGUUUACCCUCAUGGUCUUAGAGACGGCCAGCCGCGGAUUUACAAACGAUCCCUCUACCACAAGGUCGCCAACGCUAUGCUCGAUAAGACGCACUGA